UCAACUGAAACGAUUGUUUGGUUGCCCAUGCUCAAUUGAAUCCAAAAGAAUGAACAAGCCUUAAUCGAAAGAAAAGAAAAAACCACCGCCAUAUCAAUUCCAAGUCCAAAGUCCAAACCCUCAUUUCAAUCUCCAUGGCUAUGACCUUCACCCUCCUACUUUCUUCUCUUUGAUGGCUACCCAAUGUAUUUUCUUCUUGAAUAAACGCUCUCUAGCCUCCAACUGGUUUCAUUCACCAUUCUAUCUCCUUCCAUUUUAUUCCAUAACAACAAAACACUUUCAUGGCUUCCAGUACCACCACUAUUCGACCCCCUUAUGCUCCUCCUACUGUCAGAGACGACUACGACAUCAAAGAGGAUUUCCCUUCCACAGACAACAACAACAACCACAAAUGUGGUUUCUUAAAGGUAGCUCUUUGCCCUUGUAUGGUUUUCAUCAUUCUCGUAUUAAUUGUUGUUUUCGUCAUUCUAAUCGUCAAAUUUCAUCUCCUCUGUCACAUCCCUCUUCACUUUAUCAAUUGUUAGCUUCAAAAUUUAAGGAUUUAGAUCAUGGGUUUUCAAUUUCACUUGCUCCAACUGGGAAGUUUAGUAAAUCAAUCGUAAAUUCUGCUAAUUUAGAUGUUUUGGUUAAUGGGUUUUUGAUUUCAGUUCGUAAUUCGAGUUGGGUGUUUCCUGGAUUUGACUCAAAGAAUGUAACUUUAGGUUAUGGAGGACAUUAUAGGGCAUUUUGUAGCUAUAAAGAAGAGAGAGAAAGUGACGAUGAGGCGGGUGAUUACGAUCAGGAGAGUAAAGGGAGCGAAGUGGUUUAUGAGUCAAGCGCUGAUCCAGAGGAAGUAAAUAGGGUUUCUAAAAUAAUAGAGGAAUUGUUUGCCUUUGAUCGAAGUAUGGAGGCUGUUCUUGAUGAUUGUGGGGUUAAUUUGACUCAUGAUUUGGUGUUUGAUGUAUUGGAACGGUUUAAGCAUGCUAGGAAACCCGCAUUCCGAUUCUUUUGUUGGGCUGGGCAAAAGCCGGGUUUUUGCCAUGAUUAUAGGACUUAUAAUGCCAUGUUAUUGAUAUUGGGAAAGAAGCGGCAAUUUGAGACAUUAGGGUCAUUGCUCGAAGAAAUGGGGGAGAAAGGGGUUUUGAACAUUGAAAGCUUUAUAAUUGCAAUCAAAGCUUAUGCUGCUGGUAAAGAGAGGAAGAAAGCUAUUGGGGUAUUCGAGUUGAUGAAGAAAUAUGGGUUUGAAGCGGGGGUUGAAACGAUUAAUUGCUUGCUUGAUGCCCUUGCUAGAGAGAAGCUAGCUAAGGAAGCUCACGCUUUGUAUGAUAGAUUGAAAGGUAGGUUCACUCUUAACCUGAAAACUUAUACUGUUUUACUUAGUGGUUGGUGUAGAGUGAAGAAUCUAAUGGAAGCCGGCAAGAUAUGGAAUGAGAUGAUUGAUCAUGGUUUGAAACCCGAUCUUGUUACUCAUAAUAUAAUGUUAGAUGGAUUGUUGAAGGUUAAAAAGCGAUCAGAUGCAAUUAAGCUUUUUGAGGUCAUGAAAAAUAAGGGUCCUGCCCCGAAUGUCCGGAGCUAUACUAUACUGAUAAGAGACUUGUGCAAGCAUUUGAAGAUGAAAGAAGCUGUUGCUUACUUUGAUGAGAUGGUGGCUUCUGGGUGUGAGUUAGAUGCGGGAGUAUAUACUUGUUUGAUUACGGGAUUUGGGAAUCUUAAAAAGAUGGACAUGGUGUAUGGUUUGCUUAAAGAGAUGAAGGAUAAGGGUUAUCCGCCUGAUGGGCGGUUGUAUAAUGCUUUGAUCAAAUUGAUGACGAACAGACGAAUGCCUGAUGAUGCAGUUCGCAUCUACAAAAAGAUGAUUCAAAGCGGAAAUGAGCCCACGAUUCACACUUUCAACAUGAUGAUGAAAUCUUAUUUCGUGGCUGGAAAUAGUGAGAUGGCUUGUGCUGUGUGGGAUGAGAUGAUCGAAAAAGGUUGUUUCCCUGACGAGAAUGCCUAUACCGUUUUCAUUGGUGGGCUGAUCAGGCAAGGGAGAUCUGAGGAUGCAUGUAAAUAUGUCGAGGAAAUGAUCAAUAAAGGCAUGAGAGUUCCAGAGCUUGAUUUUAGUAAGUUUGCUGCUGACUUUUCUAGGGUCGGACGACCAAACAUUCUAGACGAGCUGGGUCGAAAGAUGAGGCUGUGUGGCAAGUCUGAAGUAUCUGAAGUCUUUGCGCAAUGGGCUCAAAUGAACCAAAAACGAGUCGCAAGAAGAAGCAUGGUUGACACAGAUGACUAGAUUUUAUGAGUUGUUUCUCCGGUUGUUCGAACAAUCUCAUUUAUGGUUCUUUGCUGCUGGCUGGUCUUUGAUAGCGUUAAUGUCGACAUGACAACGAACUUGAAAACGGCGAUUAUGGGACUUGUUCCUCACGUUUAUGUGAUCGUGUUGUGUUUAUGUUUAUGUUUAUGUGGAAUCUGUGGUUGUAGUUUUGGAGUUCAUGUAGUUGAUCAUUCUAAAUACUCCUGCUGUGUUCCUCAUGGGCAUUGUUGAAUUGUGUACGUUCUUUUGUGCAUCCUCAAAAUGUAAGUCAUGUCGAAAGUCGAAACUUGUUAUACUGAAUGACCCGAGAUACAAGAUGAGUAGAUGACCUUUAGUGAUGUUCUCGUCA